AUGUGGCAGCCGGCCACGGAGCGCCUGCAGCACUUUCAGACCAUGCUGAAGUCUAAACUGAAUGUCCUAACACUGAAAAAGGAGCCCCUGCCAGCCGUCAUCUUCCAUGAGCCCGAGGCCAUCGAGCUGUGCACCACCACGCCCCUGAUGAAGAGCAGGACUCACAGCGGCUGCAAGGUUACCUAUCUGGGUAAAGUCCCUACCACAGGCAUGCAGUUUUUUUCAGGCUGCACAGAAAAGCCAGUCAUUGAGCUCUGGAGGAAGCACACACUAGCCCGAGAAGAUAUCUUUCCACCCAAUGUUCUUCUGGAAAUCCGACCAUUCCAAGUGUGUCUUCAUCACCUUGACCACAAAGGGGAGGCUACGGUCCACAUGGAUACCUUCCAAGUGGCUCGCAUCGCCUACUGCACCGCCGACCACAACGUGAGCCCCAAUAUCUUUGCCUGGGUCUACAGGGAGAUCAAUGAUGACCUGUCCUACCAGAUGGACUGUCAUGCUGUCGAGUGCGAGAGCAAGCUGGAGGCCAAGAAGCUGGCCCACGCCAUGAUGGAGGCUUUCAAGAAGACUUUCCACAGUAUGAAGAGUGAUGGCCGGAUCCACAGGAACAGCUCCUCUGAGGAGGUCUCCCAGGGAUUAGAAUCGGAUGACGGCUGA